CAAACAUCAUACAAGAAUGAACAACCCAAUACCAAUACAUGGCAUGUUUUCCAAAAUGAAGACUAACCCACUUCUCACUCUAGCCCUUUGGGGCAUCUUCUCUCUCAUAUUCCUCUCCAAGCCCUCUCACCAAGCUUCAAACUUUCCACCACCACAACCACCACUCCCAAACCCAAGACUCCUAAAGGCUUAUACUGCCCUCCAAGCAUGGAAACACUCAAUCACCUCUGACCCCAAAAACUCUUCCUUAAAUUGGUGGGGCCCAAAUGUCUGCAAUUACACUGGUGUGUACUGUGCGCCAGCCCCAGAUGACCCUCACGUUAUGACAGUGGCUGGAAUAGAUCUAAACCAUGCUGACAUAGCCGGUACACUACCAGAAGAACUAGGCCUCUUGACUGACCUUGCUUUCUUCCACAUAAACUCCAACCGCUUCUAUGGCACUAUCCCUGAUUGCUUUCGAUACCUUCACCUUCUCCAUGAGUUUGACAUUAGUAAUAACCAAUUUUCUGGUCCAUUCCCUUCAGUUGUUCUUUAUAUUCCUUCACUCAUAUUCCUUGAUAUCCGAUUCAAUGAAUUCCAAGGAAGCAUCCCUUCACGCCUUUUCGACUUGAAACUCGAUGCUUUGUUCAUCAACAACAACAAGUUCCAAACAUCUUUACCUGAAAACAUAGGCAACUCCACAGUUUCAGUGAUUGUUUUUGCCAACAACAACCUUAAUGGUUGCUUGCCUUCGAGUUUGUCGAACAUGAAGGACACUUUGAAUGAGAUUAUACUAAUGAACAGUGGAUUAAAAGGGUGUGUGCCCCCAGAGAUAGGGUUGCUAGACAAAGUGACAGUGUUUGAUGUGAGCUUUAACGAGUUGGUUGGUACUUUGCCUGAAUCAAUAGGGAAAAUGAAGAGCUUGGAGCAAUUGGAUGUGGCGCAUAACAAGUUGUCAGGUGUGAUUCCACCGAGUAUAUGCAUGUUGCCUAAGUUGGAGAACUUUACCUACUCAUAUAACUAUUUCUGUGGUGAACCACCCGUGUGCUUGAAGCUGCCUGACAAAGAUGACAAGAAGAAUUGUAUUCCAGAUAGGCCAUUGCAAAGGUCACCAGAGGAAUGUUUUUCUUUCUAUGCGCAUCCUGUUGACUGUGGUACAUUUGGCUGCUCAGUUAGAAGUCCACCGCCACCAUCACCACCACCACCACCACCACCACCUCCUCCUCCUCCUCCUCCACCACCACCACCGCCACCUCCGCCGCCGCCGCCACCAAAAAAGUGGCACCGGUCACAACCCCCGCCAAUGCCUCAUUAUACUAAUCCAUGAAUGGAGGGAGAUAUAUGAUAUAUAGAAAGUAUUCCUCCAAAGACUAAUUAGUUUCAUGUUGAUUUCUCGUGUAUUAGGUAUUUAGAUUGUUCUUCACAUGAAAUUGAUCUACUUUAUGCAUUAGAUUAAAUAUUAUAAAUUGAAAGCUGUAUUCAAUGUAACCUUUGAGGUUAUACU